CCCCGUGAUUAGGGAUCCCAAAAAUAAGCCAUAUUUCUCAAUUGGAAAGCUCCUCUAGGCGUUUCAUAUAACAAGCCCACGAAUCAACGGACAAAUCCCUUUUGGUUUAUUCUCGUCCGUGUCCAGAGAUCGAAACAAAAAGCAAGAUCUUGGUCUGUCUUUUGUUGUUGUUGUUGUUGUCUUGAACAAGAACGAUAAUGGCGUUCACGGGGACAUUGGACAAAUGCAAGGCAUGUGACAAGACGGUGUACGUGAUGGACUUGUUGACGCUGGAGGGCAUGCCUUAUCAUAAGUCCUGCUUCAGGUGCAGCCACUGCAAUGGCACCCUCGUGAUAAGCAACUACUCGUCGAUGGAAGGAGUUUUGUACUGUAAGCCCCACUUUGAGCAGCUCUUCAAGGAAUCUGGCAAUUUCAGCAAGAACUUCCAAACAGCUGGGAAGACCGAGAAAUCGAGCGAUGCACCGCAGACAAGGGCUCCGAACAGGUUAUCGUCAUUCUUUAGCGGAACACAAGACAAAUGCGCAGCUUGCCAGAAAACCGUGUACCCUCUCGAAAAGAUGACGAUGGAGGGAGAGAGUUACCAUAAGACGUGCUUCAGGUGUGCACACAGUGGCUGCCCGUUAACGCACUCGUCCUACGCGGCGCUCGACGGCGUAUUGUACUGUAAGGUUCACUUCAACCAGCUGUUCCUGGAGAAGGGAAGUUACAAUCAUGUCCUCCAAUCCGCCAACCACCGCCGCACCGCCUCCUCCUCCUCCACUCCUCCUCCCGAACUCACCGCCGAUCAAGAAGACGGCGACAAAUCCGAUGCAGCCGCCGCAGAGGGCGGUGACGUGGCCGGCGAGUCAUCGUCAUCGGCUCCCGGCACUGAGGAGCAGGAACCCAAAGCCUUGGAGUCUUGAAACGUCGAUCUUGGAUGACCCCGGCGAUCUGAGAUGUUUUCUCUUUUGUUGUUUUUUGUUGGGUUUGUUAAAACUUGAUGUUUUAUAUGAAUAUUUGCUUUGUGUUUGCA